AAAUUGAAGAAUUUGUCUAUGUAUGGCAGGAUCUCCGACAUCCGUGAUGUGGAUGAGGACACGCUGCAUCCUGCUGGUGUCAUUGCCACGCCCUCAUCGUAUGCUUCUUGCCAUUCUACCAUCAUUCUCUGUGGCAGAAAACCAUGGGCGUUAGAAAAUUAACGACCUUUGACGCUGUCAUCUGCGCUCUGGCGAAACUUGUAGAUCGUCAAGAUGUGCUGGAGGAAGCAUAUCGUUUGAAGCGUCUGGUGCGGUGGCUCGCACAGGAAUAUGAGAUAGGCUUUGCUGAAGACACCGACUCUAUGGCGGUCCUUCAAGAAGCGGAAAGGCGUUCUAGGUCAUUAGGGGAGCGUUCAGUUGGUUAUCGCAUCCCUAGUGUUGCCUCCCUUCGAGAAGCGUUCAACAAAAUCGAUGCAGAGUUGAAAAGGCUUGGUCCGCAUGGAUCCCACUCCUUGACCCAAGGUGUCCGGUACGGCGUUGGCCUGUACCGAUUUUGGGCUGUCCUCAUCGGCAUCGAUGCGUACCCGGACUAUCUCUUGCGUGGUUGCGUAUCAGACGCUUUAUUAAUGAAGCGCUUCUUAACCGACGACCUUGGCGUGCCAGAAAACCGUAUCCAGUGUCUACUUGGCUCCAAAUAUACAAACUCUGACGAUCCCAAGUCUACACCUUCCCACGCUAAUAUUGUAGAUAUGCUCUACAGUCUCGCUAACAACCCCGAAAUUGAGCGAGGCGAUAGUAUUAUCGUCUACUUCGCUGGGGUAGGCGGCCACUACCGCUGCUUAGAGCAUCCUGACACAGGGAAAUGCCCCAGCAGUUUCUGCCCUACCGAAGUUCUGUUCCCCAUCGAUCACGGUACCCAGGACGCCAGCGGACAACGGAUAUCCGGCAUUAGCGACCGAGAGCUCAACAGUCUUUUUGCACUGAUAUGUCGUGCCAAGGGGCCUAAGAUCACAUUCAUUGUAGACUCCGACUACAGCGGUGGCGUAAGCAGACGCCAGCAACAAGAAAUACCCAGCAUAUCUAAAGCUUCCCUCAAGAGCAUGUUACACGCUGCGGAUGAAAGAUGGAAAUAUUUCUCUGGCUAUCGAUCAGUAUUGUCAAAGGAUUGGCGGCCAGAUAUGUAUUCUUGUGUAAUUCUGGCAGCAGGUUUUUCUUACGAGGUGAAGGGAACAAAGGGAUGCCGCGGGGUCUUUACCGAGACACUCCUUCGUGUUUUGAGGUCGACUGACUGGAAGAAGGAAAUGACGUAUGCUGAUCUCGUCAAUCUUAUGAGUCGGUCACUUUCGUCGACCUCGCAGCAAAUUGCAUCACUUCCAUUUUCAUUUCUGCUCGUUUCCGGGAGACGAAUGAAUAAACGCCUUUGGUAUUAAGGUGAUUACCAUACGCUGUGGUAGUCGUAAUCAUGUAUAACAGUAGCUUGGUUUGAAUAUGUCCUAUUAUCAAUAUAUCUGGAGACAAUCAGCGGCUCGUCGAGCAUUUCCGGCCCGUGAGGCGUAUUCUCGAUUGGAUUAUCCUCCAGCAAAAUACCGCACCUCAUAGCUUCCACUCCGCCAUACGAGAAAAAGCCCACCUUAGAGAAGUUAUCUAGUUACGCAUACUCCGGUUCUAGGAGGGGAUGGGCACGGGCCGUUCUCAUCCGUCUGUGGCUGUUUUGAAAGUUCUUUAUAAGAACAGAGAGCGCAGCCUAGAGAACCAGAUCUUCAGCAAGAUUCCUGAGGAAAUUGA